AUGGACGCAGAUCAAGUGGCUCAUAUGCUCGAGCUAGAGGAUAAGCUAUCCAAGAUUAGACAUCAAGCAACUUCUAAAUUGGAAAAUCAAAAACAUAUUGCCAUUAUAUUGACUGCUGUUGAGGAAAACAUCGAAGGUCAUGACACUAACGACACUUCUAAGAAUAUUAUUAGUUAUAUGGUUGCAUUUAUGUCCUUAUUAGAUCAAUCCAUUGAUAACGAUACUCAUAAUAUUAUAGAUUUACAAUUAACUACAGCAGCUACAUAUUUAUUAGAUAUCAUCUUCCAAUAUGCUCCAAAGAAAUUAUUAAGAUCUAAAUUCUCCGAAUUAUUAGCUAAGAUCGCUCCUUGUAUUACUGAUGAAAAAGCUGAACCAUUAUUGAUUAGAUCUGCCAUUGGUUGUUUAGCGUCUUUGUUAGUCGCUCAGGAUGCUCAAGCUUGGAAUAAUACUCAUAAUUUGACCAUUACUCCAAUGAGAGGUCUGCAAGGUCUGUUGGAAUUAUCUCUAGAUCCAAGACCAAAGAUUAGAAAGAGAUCUUUAGAGGCUCUUCAUAAGAUACUUGAAAAUCCACCUGUUGCUCCAACAGCAGAACAUGUUGCCUCUACUACAAUCUCGGUAUUUGCCAUUAAUCAAUUAACAGAUGUAUUAAACGAAUUGAAUGGUUUAUCAAGUAAACAAUUGAAGAACCAAACUGUUAAAGAUGAUAUAAACUCUAAAGUGAUAAAAUGUUUACGUCUAGUAAGUACUGUCGUAACCUCUGGCCAAUGGCCAACAGGUCAAAUUGAACCUCUAUGUGAUAUGUUAUUGGAUGUAACAAAGAGUUCUGAUCAAUAUCUUGUUUCCACUUCUUUUGAAUGUUUUGAAAAAUUAUUCAAUUCCAUGGCUGAAUCUACCGUGUCCACAGGGUUGGCUGAAGAUAAAUACGUUAAAGUUAUAGAUACCAUUUUCCAAUUAAGACCAUCAAAUAAUGAUACUCAUUUAGUUGGAUCCUGGAUUGCAGUUGUCGUUAAAGGUAUGUCUACUUAUGCAGUUGGCUCCCCAAUGAAUGCAUUGGUUAAAGUUCCAGAAGUAUUCGAGUUAAUGUCAACCUAUUUACAAAGUGAAAAUAAAGAAAUCUCCUUCAGUGCUUCUCAAUGUUUAAUUGCAGUCCUAACUGAUGCCAUUAAAGAUGAAAUCAUAUUAUCACCGGAACAAAGUCAAGGUAGCGUAUCCAAGAAAGAUUUUAAGACUGUAACAAAGAUUAUCAACAGUUUAUCAGAAAUGUUUUCUGAAUUUUUGACAGUUAGAUACACCAAUUGUACAAAGGAAAUAUUGAAUAUUUUGGCUGCAGCUUAUAAGAAAUUCAGAUUUAGAUCCCAUCCUGCUCUUGAUAAAUCUUUGCAAAUAGUCGAUAGUUGGAGAGUUAAUGAGAAAAAAGAAGCAAUGGAAUUGGUUUCUGAGAUUGAUUUGGUGAUUGGUAACGCUAUUUCUGCCAUUGGACCAGAUGUUGUCUUACAAAUUUUACCUUUAAAUCUAAAUAAUGAAAUUAAAGAUCAACCAGGUAGAGCUUGGUUAUUGCCAUUGUUAAGAGACUAUACUAGACAUGCUAAGCUAUCGAUCUUUAUUUCAGAUCUAUUACCAGCCGCCCAAGUAUUCGAGUCCCAGCUUGAUUCUUUCCCAAAGGAAUCUGUUCAAUUGAGAAUUUACCAAACCAUUAUCGAUCAAAUAUGGUCUACUUUACCACAUUUUGCUGAAUUGCCAGUUGAUUUAAGAGAAUCCUUUACAGAUAAGUUUGCGUCAGAUCUAUGUUCUUUACUUUACAGUAACACUGAUCUGAGAACUACAAUUUGUCAUGCCUUAAAGAUGCUAGUUGAAAGUAAUAUCAUGUACUCCGAGGGUGCAUUACAAGAUGAUAUCAUCCUACGGGCUAUAUUCCCUGUAGAAGAAUCCAAGAAAAAUUUAGAGUAUUUAACAUCGAAAUCUGUAAACAUUCUUGCUGUUCUUUUCAAUAUUUUCACUCAAACUGCAUCAAACCUAAGAGGUUACAUCCUAGAUACCAUAGAAUCAUACUUGAAAAUCACAACCCCAGAGGACGUUGAGAAAACAUUUAAUAACGUAUGUGGUCUUUUAAAGAAUUCUAUGGAGAAGGAAGCAGCUGCGAAGGAUGGUUCGAAUAAUAACAACAAUAAUAAGCCCCAAUUGACUGCAACUCUGUUAGAUAUUAUCGUAAUCAUGGUCAGAUACUUACCAUCCAAUUGUUAUGGUCCUUUAUUCAUGAUCUUUGAUCAGACUGUCAAUUCAGACGAUACUCUGAUCCAAAAACGUGCUUACAGAAUUAUUUCUAAAUUAUCUGAACUAUCUCUUGGUGAAGAAGCCAUUUCUAACUAUCUAACUGAGAUUGAAGCCAUUUUAUUACGUAACUCCAACAGUGUUCACACCUCUGCUAGAUCUGGUAGACUAGCCGCUAUUAAGACUGUUGUGAAUUUGUUACCACCAGACCACAUGAAUUUUAUUGUUCAAGUCUCUGCUGAGAUUAUUUUGGCUACUAAGGAUGUUAAUGAAAAGACCAGAGAUUUAGCUUUUGAAAUUUUAAUUUUGAUGGCUGAAAGAAUGCAAAACGGUGGUAGCAUAGAUAUGGGAGAAGGUAAUGUCCAAGUUGCCUCUCUUGCUGAAUUUUUCAAGAUUAUAUCUGCUGGUUUGAUUGGUGAAAGUCAACAUAUGGUUAGUAGCACAAUUACAGCAUUUGCAUGUCUAAUGUUUGAAUUCAAGGACUCCUUAGCUGGUGAUAUCGUUCUUGAUAUUUAUGAUACCGUUGAGUUGUAUCUAACUUCUAACUCUAGAGAAAUCGCCAAGAGUGCCAUUGGUUUUGCUAAGGUUUGUAUCCUUGGUUUGCCAGAAGAAAUGAUGAGGCCAAAGGUCCCAGCCUUGAUUCCAAAAUUGUUGCGUUGGUCCCAUGAGCACACUGGUCACUUUAAGGCCAAAGUUAAGCAUAUUAUUGAAAGAUUAAUUAGAAGAUUUGGAUAUGAAUACGUUGAAGCUAAUUUCCCUGAGGAUGACUUGAAAUUAUUGACUAACAUUAGAAAGUCACGUAACAGAAGUAAGCGUAAGGAUGCUGAUGGUACAAAUGAGGAGACAACUCUACCUACUGCCAAGGGUCCAAAGUUUAUGUCUGCCUUUGAUGAAGCUGUGUAUGCAUCAUCUGAUAAUGAAGAUGAAGAUGACGAAGAUGGAACCAACCACAAGAAGAGCAAACAAUAUAUUAUUGAAAAAUCUGGUGGUAAUCCACUUGAUUUGUUGGAUGCUGAUACAUUGGCGCAUAUCUCCUCUACAAGACCUAAGAAAUUUAACAAGAAGGACCACAAGAAGAAGCUACUAUCCGAUGAAGCGUUCGCUUUUGACGAUGAAGGUAAGCUAAUCGUUAAGGGUAAAAAGGGUGGUGCUGCUGAUGAUGAUGAUCCAAUCAAGAAUAUGACAAGUGGUAUCAAUGCAUAUCUAGAGGCUGUCAAGACUGGUCCUGUUAGAGGUCAAAAGAAUAAACUAAAAUUCAAGAAGGGCAAAAAGGAGGAUGAUAACUUCAGUGAUGACGAGUCUGCACCAAAGAGAAACGUAGGGAGAAACAAAAUUGGUAAAAAUUUCAAAAAGGGUGGUAAGUUUAAAUCCAGAAGGAGGUUAUAA